GUGUGUUAGGGAAAGGGGUGGGGGUGACAUUCUCCACCCACCCCUAGCACCCAUUUAUAAUACACAAACAACCAAACACUGUCAUUUUGUGCAAAUGCCAACACAUUUGUCCUGUAUAGCAGCCAGAUCAGCUCACACCAGGUACAUGGGGAGCCCAGGCUGAGGGUAUGUGUCCCUCUGAAAUGAUAAGAGUAGGCAUGUGAAGGAAAAUUUCAUUUUUAAUCAGCUUUUUUGGUUCCUUAUCCGGGGACUAGCUUGCGGCUUGUGAUUGGCUGCCGGAGUCACAUGGUGAAAGUAACUUUACGGGGUCUACAGCUAGUAGGAGGGCUUUAUGAAGCAGAAAAACGACAAAGCGAGAAAAAUUAUUUUCCACUCCAGAAAUUAAUGAUCAUGAGUUCGUAUUUGAUGGACUCUAACUACAUCGAUCCGAAAUUUCCUCCAUGCGAGGAAUAUUCUCAAAAUAACUAUAUCCCAGAUCACAGUCCGGAGUAUUAUAGCAGGUCCAGGGACCCUGGAUUUCAGCAUCACCAUCAGGAAGUGUACCCUCCAAGACCAGCCUAUACUGAGAGGCAGUACAGCUGUGCCAGCCUGCAGAGUCCAGGGAACCCUCCUCCUCCCCAUGCCAGGGUCCAUGGGCAACCUCAGAGCACCCACCACCUUGUAGGCAAACCUCAGAUCUGUGAACAUCCAACCCCAUCUCUCACCACCUCCACCUCUCCUUCCCCAGCACCCCCAGCCUGCAACCAGACCAGUGCUGAGCAUCCCACCAGCACUGCUUCCAAACAGCCCAUAGUCUACCCUUGGAUGAAGAAAAUACACGUCAGCUCUGUGAAUCCUAAUUAUACUGGGGGUGAACCCAAGAGAUCCAGAACUGCCUAUACAAGACAGCAAGUCUUAGAACUGGAGAAAGAAUUUCAUUAUAACAGAUAUCUGACUAGGCGAAGGCGCAUUGAGAUUGCCCAUUCCUUGUGUCUCUCUGAAAGGCAAAUCAAAAUCUGGUUUCAGAACAGGAGAAUGAAAUGGAAAAAAGACCACAGGUUACCCAACACAAAAGUCAGAUCUACCGCCUCGUCCAAUGUAUCAAGCAAUAUCAUUGCACCAAAUUCUGCUACCAACGAGGAUCUAACGCAAAAUUCGACUCAGGAUCAACGGGAGGAUAUUACAAGGUUAUAAAUAUACAACACAAAGCCACCCCCACAAACAAAACCACAGAUGACUGAGUAUUUAUAGAAUCUAAUAAUAUAUAUAUAUUUUGGUUCUUGUAAAUUUUUUUUCCUUGUGCUUUGGGAAAAAUGAGAGCUUUUUUUGGAUCUUCAAAAAGGCUUUAAAAAUGCAUGUCACAGAGCAUGUAGCCAGGUUCUAUGUAAAGUGUUCGUUUGUUUGUUUGUUUGUUUGUUUGUUUUUUUAAUGCCAGUUCUGUCUUUAUUUAUUUUUUAAAGGGAAAAAACAAUGAAUGUUCUGUUUUAAGUAAUUUUCUUAAAAUGAAAAAAAAAAAAUACAGGGUUGCAAUUUUCUUUGCCCUUGAAGUAUUUAAAAUAAACUAUGUAGGUCUGUUAACAUGAGAAGGACAAGAAAAUGGAGGUGAAAAAAAUCUUUUUGUACAAAGUAUUAUUAUUAUUAAUUAUUAUUAUUAUUAUGUGAUAAUCUUAUUUAAAUAAAAAUGACAGCACACCAGAUACAAUUGUAUCUGAUUUAAAUUAAAUACCACAAUGUGAAGAUAUUGAAAGACAGUCUCCAAGUCGUAGAUAGUUAGAUUUUAUUUUAUUGUGGAUACUGUGUUUCUUUAUUAUUAUUAUUAUAAUUAUUAUUAUAAUUAUUUGUGUGUUUUUUAUUUUUUUAAUUUCAGUUGGGAUUCCAUUGUAAGAAAAUUCUAUAUAUAUAUAUAUAUAUAGUUCUAGUGUAAUGUGACGUCUCUAUGUUCAAUAAAAUACUGUCUGUGUUUUAGUUGAA